GUGGUCAAACGUGGACAUCGUUCGUAACGGACCGAGGGCAACAUAUGUAACAGCGACGACAUGAAGUUAUUACCGCACUCAUUCGUGCUCUGGUCUAUGGCCGCGCUUAGUGUUCUUCUGUGUCAUCCAGGCAACACGGCACUUGCAAGUAAAGUCGAAGAUGGUGAAAAUGCCAACAUUACAGAAGAAGAUAUUAACUUAGAAUCCCUAUUCGAAAACAUAUUAUUGGAACAAUAUCCAGAUGACUACGUGGUUCUCACUCCUGUGGUUAACAGGCAUGCUGAACAAACGACGUCCGCCCCAACGACUUCCGCGCCUAAUAUUGAAGAGCCAUAUUUCAUCAAUGAAUUGACAAUGCAUGAAAUAACUAAUAGAUCCAACCAAGUGUCAAGUGAUGAUUAUCGGGAUAAGGAAGUUUCGACUACAGUAUUCGUGAAACUUACUGAAAACGUACCACCGAUGGAGCUAACAGAAAGUGAAAUUGCACUCACUACAGGAAUAUCAACGGAAGCAACCAAUAAUGGUGAGACUAAGAUAAUUAAGGAACAGGGAGAGUAUACGAAGAAAUCAACAUCACCGUCCGAAUUUCAAAAGCCGACAACAAUAGCUCACUCGCAAAUUGAUAUUCACCCGACCAGCUUGGUACAUCCUAACUUUGCCAUACAGGUCAGCGAAAACGGGUCAAAGACGCAAGUAAGUGUGGUAAAAGUGAACUUAGUGAAGCCCGUUUUUAAUACCGGUACUGUUAAUGACGGCAAAAUUAUCACAUCGCUACCCAGCCUUAAAAUGACAAGUCCACUGAAAAUCCGAGAUAUCACAGCCAGCAAAACGACAUCAGAGCCGUCAACCACUAAAAUAGUCAUGAAUAAAGAAUCUCUCGGCACUACAUUCAACGUCAGAACUCAUAGUUCCCAACUACGUAAAAAACAACCAUCGAAGUCAAGUCAGGCCUCAGUGAAAUGGACUAAUACCGUGCGAUUUCAUCCCACUCAACCAUACCAACAACCGCAAUUUGUUUACACGCAACCGACACCAAGAAGAACGAAGAUGUCAACAAGUGAAUAUCGUAUUGCGACGAGACCAAAGUUGUCAGAAACAUCAACAACCACUAAAGUUCCACGACCAACUCAGCCUCAGGUUCCGAAACUUUUGGUGACAGAAGAAGAUGGAUUUUACACGAGCACGUUGCGAGUAGGUACCAAUAAACGAAUACGUAGCAACUAUCAUGCUAAACCUUACUUUGAACUAUCAAAGAUGAAACACACUCAAGCUGAAAACGACAAACCUGAGAGAUCAAGACCUAACACAAGCACCUCAGACGAUUUACAGACUUACGAGCCCACUACCCAAGCAUCAAUAAGCGAAGGAUACAAUGAGACUACAACAGAAAUAUUGUUAGAUUUUCAGACAGAAAUGGAGCAACAUCACCGCAUACCAGCGAAGAACGAAGUCCCAUCCACACCUAACUUGCUACCUCAUCCGACACCGACACCCAGGCCAGCACCAGAGCGGGGACAGAACUCAAUAAAAUCUACUACACCUUCCUUUAUUCCCAGUCAUCAUCAGUUAUUUCAUCAAUCGACAAAAUCAGCACCCAAAUUCGUCAACAACAUUUUUACAGGAAGAUUGUCUUACAGUCAUCCUACAGUAAUGGAUAACGUAAAAGCAACAGAACCGACCGAAUUCUACCAUCCUACAAGCAGAGAAACUUUCCCUCAAACUCCACGCACAGUUACUCCGAAAAUAACUAAAAUGAAAAAGGGUUCACAUGAGAGAUUGAAAAAUUACGCAACCAGUUACGUGAUACCGAAUAACACCCUGCGUAAAUUUUUAUGAAAGCAUUUUACGAAGGCAACAUUGUUUAAUAUUCACGAUCAACUCUAAAUAUGGCAAGGUAAUUAGCAGCACAAUUGGAAAGGAAAUUCUCAUCGAACAGUAUAAAAAAUUCAAACGCGUUAAAAGACUAAUUUUCCAUGUGGGUGCACACAAUAGGCAGUGUGCAGAUCAUUUUUCCGGUACCGAGCGAAAGGUCGAACUUCCGAAAGUGUUGAUGGAUGAUGAAAUCCCAUAUACGCACGCAUCGGAGCGCGACAGCUAGUGAGAGUGGAGCAGGCAAGUUGUGGAGGACUAUCUGCUUGUAAUUUAAGAUCCGAGACUGCUUGGCGCUGACAGAUAACGAUUCCCGCGUCGUUUGUGUUGACAACUAGUAAUUCACCGAUCAGGAAAUUAUAAAUGUCUACAUAAAAUAUGCUCGCAUAAAAUCAAUGUUGAAAGUAACAUCACUAUAUCACUCAGAUGACGGCGAAACUUGGUGUGUUAUUUAUUCAUUACAAUCACGAGUGUGAGAGUGAAUACAAUAUCAUUUGGGGCAAAAAAUUAAGUUGAACGGCUAAAAAGGCAACUAAUGUCGUAAAAGAUCGGGACAGCUUUAGAAAGAUAAGGACGGUUUCUAGAAAAUGAAAAUUAUUUAUAACGCACGAGGCAAAUCAUAUUCACCACUUCCUGCAUGGUAGUCAACGAGAAAUUUACGAAGCAAAUUAUAUAAACUACUCAGAUGAAGUAAUCACUGACUGUUCACUUUGAUUACUCAUUCCUAAUUCGAGCUUAGCAUCCAAUAGAAUACACUGAAUAAUGUACUUUUAAAUUUAAGGCUCGGAAUUCUUUUGAUCACUAAACAUUUUUAGAGCAAAAAAUUAUUGCGAUCACUAAACAUUUGCUGAUCAAACAGAGGUGAGAGAGGGGAAAGACUAUAUUCGUACUUACCCUUUCGACCGCAACACAGGAUAGACAAUGUCGCUCACUCACCUGUAGAGAAACAAACAGGCUUGAAAGAACUUUUACAUAUCAUCAUAAGUGAUUCCAGAUAAUAAAAAUUAAUAAUUACGAAAUUCCACUGAUAUUUCGCGUGAAUUUCAUAUAAAUUUAAUAAGUACUCAAUCGAGAAACAAAGAGACUCGAAAGAACACAAGGUAAGUAAUAUUGGAAGAUUAAAAAUAAUAAUACACAAGCAAUUAUUGCACUGCUACGUUGCGCUAGAUUUUUUUCAUGGAGAUUAAAUUAAUGACAAUUAGUAAACACGGGUCUAGUUCUCUUUUUUCACUCAGUCCCGCAACUCGUUUCGAAAUUUCUGGUUGAAACGAGCAAGCUGGUUGGGGGUUAAGAAUGGGCGACAUGCCGAUCAGAACUGAGGCCUGAUCAGAACUGACAUCUUAUCAUUAUAUACCAUAUUCUAUUAUCUUAAAAGAGAAAUAAUUACAAAAAGCUACAAGCGACAUCCAGUUCAAAACGAUCAAAACCAGAUUAACAAUACCUACAUCCAGAAACGAUCAAAACCUAGAUUGAACCUUUCACCACCUCGGACAAUGCCUCCGUAAUUGCAUGGAAGAAUCUUCGGAAAAUUGAAACACUCUCUCCCAUAAGAUCGCCGACUUUCGCGCGGACCAGCGGUCGUGAUGCAGAGGAUGAAGCAACGAUUCCAUCUUUUUUGCAACUU